AUGGAAUGGAAACAGUCAAAGCAGCACAACGUAGAGAAGCAGAAAGAAAAACAACAAUCAAUCAAAAAAAAAUGUAAAAAACAUAUUUAUAUAAAUGCUUCCCGUUCUAAAUUCUUCUUUCUUCUUUCACUUCAUGAACUUUCCGAAAUGGGUAGAUAUCUCAAAACAUCAUCUUCGGACCUAACUGAUUUAAACUCACAAACACAUUGA